AUUACACUGUUAUGACUAGAGGAAACCACAGUGUGAACAAAACAGGCCAUCGAAUAUAAGGCUUUCACUAAAGACACAUUAAGGACACAUUUACAGCACAUUACUGUUUAAUCUAGUGGCUUUAAACUUAAAGGGACAGUACACUGAACACUGUAAAUAUCCUCAUCGUUUACGAACACUCGAGUGGAACUUUAUUUGAACACAAAACAAGCUUCAUUCAUUUUCUUUUCAGCUUAGUCUCUUUAUUAAUCAGGGGUCGCCACAGCAGAAUGAACCACUAACUAUUCCAAAUAUGUUUUACAUAGCGGAUGUCCUUCCAGCUGUAACACCCAUACACACUCAUACACUACGGCCAAUUUAGUUUCCUAUAUCAGUUCCCCUAUAGCGCAUGUGUUUGGACUGUGGGGGAAACCGGAGCACCUGGAGGAAACCCACACCAACACGGGGAGAACAUGCAAACUCCACACAGAAACACACACUGACACAGCCGGGACUCAAACCAGCGACCUUCUUGCUGUGAGGGAAGCGCGACACCACUGAGCCACCGUGCCACCUAAAGAAAUAUUCGUCGUGACAAAACAGAUAUGAAGAUGAAUAUCAUUAUCAAUAUGCUUCGCUUUCAUGUAAACAGCUCAUAUAUUGAUGUUCAACAGACAUUACAGCAACUCUAUACUGUCAGUUCAGUGACGCUGGACGCUGGGGCUUCCCUGCAGCUGACGCUCUUUCUGUGGCGCCUGUGAUUGGCUGACGACAGAGGCGCCUAUAACUAUUGGCUGCGGGCCAUUCAGUUCAAACCAAUGAAAACACUCGCUCUGAACCCCGUGGCUGAUGAUUGGAUGUUGCCCGUUUCUCACAGCCAGUAAAGACUGAGCCUCAGCGCGCGGGUUUGCGACAGUUGAGGAGAAAGUGUGUGUGUGUGUGUUGGUGGAGUAUGUAUAUCUAUAAUUCUGCAUGUUUAUUAUAAUUCUGCACAUAUCGCAGUAAUGUUGAGCUCCACAGCAGACGCGGAACAGCCCACACACACCUCUGUCACGGCCCUGCUCGCGCGCAGAUCACUAAAGAGACCCAGAGAUGAUGAUGAAGAGCAGCUGCAGGAGUCCUGUGUGAAUCUGCUGAUGAGGAAUCAGAACACAUCACUACUGCUGCAGGAGAUGACGGCUCAGCAGAGGAUCAGCAGUGCAGGUCUGGAGCUCCACACACACAUGCAGACGGCGGCGCUGGAGGACGAGCUGCGCAGACUCUCUCAGCUGACGGAUGUCCCUCUCUCUCUGCUGUGUGUGAGGGUUGUGACUGAAGCUCUGCAGGAUCGAAUCUCACACACUGAUCACGUGCUGCUGAGCGCUGAACAGAGGGCUGAGGUGUGUGUGUUGCUGAAGUCUGCUCAAGCGCUGAUGUCUGCAGGAUUAUUCAGUGCUGAACUCCUGUGGCAGGAGUACUGGAGGACUCAGCCGAUCCUGGAGGUUGUGUAUCAUCUACACACUCACAGUAUCCUCACACUGGAUCUCCUGCUGGACAGAGACGCUGCUGUGAGCUCCUGGAUCUCGGAUCAGCUGAAGGCUCUGUGUGUCUCUAUGAAGAACACAGAAGAAGAACAGCAGCUGCAGAAACACAUGCUGGACACUGUGGUGUGUGUCCUGGUCAGGAGGGCUUUUGAAGACUGCACUCAUAAACACUCUCAGACGUGUGUCUUCAUUCUGGACUCCAUGCUGACCUGGCUGCUGGACUCACUGAAUGAUAAAGACACAGAAACAUCGUCUGCUUCAGUCUGGAUUCAGGUGUUUGACGCAUCAGUGUUUGGUGUGUGUGUUUCUGAAGACACACUGCGGCAGUUCUUCACACACACACUCACACGUGUUCUCACACACCGGCCCGUGUUCACAGUGUCAGAUGCCAUCGCUGUACAGAGUGACUGGAGCUUUGCUAAAACCCCUGCGCUGCUGACGGCUCUCUUCCGGAAGCUGUGUGUGUUGUUCAGUGUGCAGUGUGUGUUGGCUCAGCUCCAGCAGGUGUUGGAGACUCAUGAGGUGAACUGGCGUCUGAUCCUGAGCUGUGUGUCUCAUCUGCUGGUGUUUGACUGUCAGACUCAGAGCUGUCUCUCAGAGGUGCUGCGUGCGCUCCUCAGCUCGGCGUUCCUCCUCUUCGAUGUGGAGCAGAUGAUCAGUGUGUUCCUGCUGGUGCGGCAGGCGGCUCUCGAGGGUCCAGCGGUGUUCCGGUCCUACAGCGACUGGUUUAAGCUGUCGUUUGCUGGAGCGAGCGGCGCUCACGCUAAGAGCAAGAAGACCACUGUGUUCCUGCUCAAGUUCCUGUCAGACCUGGUGCCGUUUGAGCCGCCGCAGUACCUGAAGGUUCAUGUCCUGCAUCCUCCGUUCGUCUCUGGGAAGCACCGCUCUGUGCUGCAGGAGUACGUCAGCCUCGCCAGGACCCGCCUCCGAGAUCUGAAGGUGUCUCUAGAGGAGUCUGGCAUCUUUGAGGUGGUGAACGGCUCUGCUGGCGCUCCUGCGUGCGGGGCUCAGCAGGAUGUGGAGAAGGCCGUCACACUCUUCAUCAACACCGGGAAGAUCCCAGCUACAGUCAUAGAGGCCAGUAUCUUCAGGAGGCCGUACUUCAUGUCUCGGUUUCUCCCAGCGCUGCUCUCGCCCCGGGUGCUUCCUCCUCAAGCAGACAGCAGAAUGUCCUUCAUCGAGGCCCUGAGGAGAGCGGAGAAGAUCCCGGCGGCGCUCUACUGCUCCUACACCGAGUCCUGUCAGAGAGAGACACACACACUCAGAGAAGGUGUGUGUGAUUCCAGUGAUGGAGGUCAUCUGAUGGUUCUCCAGGAUCAGUUCCAGUGUCUGAGGAGAAUCAUAUGUGAUGGAGCUGCUGAUGGAGAAGUGUGUGCUCAGCUCUCCAGGAUCUCUCUGACUCUGAACAACAUCGGCGCUGAUGAGGACACAGGAACUGAUGUCAUCACCCUCAACCUGCUCUCAGCUGAUUGGACGCACGCCACGCUCGCCAAUCUGAUCCUCCAGAGCUUCUGUCUGUGUUUACUGGACUCAGCUAAGAUCAGUCCUCCAAACAGGCAGGGCUCGUGGGCGUGUGUGUUGGUCAAGGCUCUUCUUGCGCACAGAUGGCUGAUCUCAGCUCUUCUACACAGACUGUGGGACCUGCUGCAGAACCAGGGCGAGGCUCUGAGCGCCGCUCAUGUGUUGGGUUUGUCUGCUCUGCAUGUGGAGCUGCAUCACUGCCGGAGUGUGUGUCCUCCUGUGCAGCUGCUGCCGUCUGCAGACGCUCGCUGUGUGUCUGAGUGUGUGUGUGACGCUCUGAGCUGCUGCACGGACACACACAUGCACACCUGCCUCAGGUUCUGUGUGUCGGUUCUCUCCUACGGUCUCUGCAGAGCCACCGCUCAGGCUGAAGAGCUGCACGUCUUCAUCCCACACACACUCUUCAAGAAGGCUCAGUUUGUGAUGUCUCGGCUGGUUCCGGAGACCCGAGCGCUGCUGAUUGGUGGACUGGACUCUGAGUCUCCGUCUGCCCCCGCUGGAGGACUGCAGGAGUCGGCUGUGGCUCUGUGGAGAAACACACACAUACGAGCGCUGAGGAGACAGCCUGACUAUCAGCUCUCCUUCUCUGAUUGGCUCACAGCUGAACUACAGGUCCAGCGGAGCCGAGACGCACUCACUGAUGCUGAGAGGCAGGAGUUCCAGCAGUGGGCCUGUGAGCUCUACUAUCUGCCCAUGGCUGCAGCAGACGGCGGCUGUGGAGGAGACGUUACUCAGAGCUGCGCUCGCAUCAUCACUGCGCUUCUGGACCAGCACACACUGUCACAGGCCGCAGGAACACAUGGACACACAGACAGCUGUCUGCCAGACCUGCUGUCGCUCCUACAGGCGCUGCUGUAUGAAGCGGCCGUCACUCCGCAGAAGACUCCAGAUGACACGCAUCACUUCCUCUGGGACCUGAUUGAGAGCAGGUGCUCUGUGACCCCUGACCCCCAGUGCAUCGCAGAGCAGCUCAGAUACCAGCAGACGCUCCAGAACAUCAGCCGUGUGGUGUGUGUGCUUCCUGCUGCUCUGCUGAUCAGGGUUGACACUGGCGGAUCAGCUCUGGACUGCAGGAGGAUCAUCAAACACAUCACUGAUGUGCAGAUGCGGACGUGUGUUCCUGACGCUCUGCUGUCCUGCAAACUGACCACACUCUUCCUCAAAGCCAUAGUGAGCGGCAGUGUGAGCUGUAGAUCUCCGGCUGACGCAGUGAACGAGUGUGUGUGUGUGUUCAGCACUCGGUGUCCUCUGCUUCUCCUGUCCGCUGUGCGCUGGUGGGCGCGUGUGUCCUCUGUGCUGGUGUGUCAGUGGAGGCGUCUCACCGCUGGAGAAACUCUGCCUGAUCAGCUGCAGAUGCUGGAGGACACACACUGCUGGAGCGCACGUGUGUGUGGCGGUCUGUCUUCCUCGACUCCAGCGGCUCCAUCAUGGCUGCUGGCUGCAGCUCUACAGGCUUCACUGCAGCACUCAGACCCCACAGCAGCUCUCGCUCAGCUGGACCACACACACACACAGGUGCUGCUCUUCCUGUUCCUCUACAGUGUAAUAGAGCUGAUCUCUGCACACCUCAGCCAACAGGAGUGUGUGGAGCGUGUCAGAGGAGUGUGUGUGUGUCUCCUCACUCGUCUUCAGGGUCAUUCUGAUUGGCUGCUGCUGUUCGAUCAGUCAGGAUCAGAUCACGAGCUGUGUGAGUUCAGGGCGCGUGUGAUUUCCCAUCAUGCCCUGCGCCUGCUGCCGCUGGCCUUCUACAGUGUUCUGUGUGCGGUGGACUCGCAGCUCCUCCAGGGAUUGGUCAGUUCUCCAGGAUUCCUCCACAGCGCCGGUGUCUCCUACAGGAAGCUGAGCGAGCUGUACCUGAGUGCUGAGAGCGCAGGCCGACCGCAGGUGCUGCUGGACGCGCGGCGUGUUCUCCUGAGCAGCAUCUCUCUGAGUUCUCCCGACUGCCUGACGUGUGCUCAGAGGAAGCAGCUGCAGUCUGAGUUGGAGCAGCUGGACGCAGAGAUGGCAGCGGCGUUCAGCGGGAAACACACCAGCACCAGCGCACUCACACAAACAUGAACACACCUGACCAAUCAGAGCACAGGACAGAGACACAUGAUCACACAGAGCCCCUCCCCCUCAGGUUACAGCAGUUCAGUCUGAUCUCACACACACACACACACACACACACACACACACUCUCAGAGUAAAGCAGUUCCCGCCGUCACACACUC